GAGUGUGUGUGAGAUACAGUGCCGACCGAAAGGAUCUAUCUAUCUAUCGGUGAUCUCUCUCUGUGAUUGCAUAAGAGAAUUAUUGCGCGGCAGGAUGGUGUUGCGACGUAGAUAUUCUGCGUAACGUGCACCGCCAACUUUCGAAGGACGCGCAAAGCCAGAACCCGCGGCGGUGCGAAAUCCGAGUGUCGGCGCGAGAAACGAUGAACGAAUCGGGACGAGCCAGGAACGAAGCGGUGCGAUAAUAAUAAUAUGUGGACGACGUCGCCACGGACCAGGAGAAAGUGGCGACAACCGUCGACCCCAUCGUGCAGAGUACGUGACAAUCGGUGGAAUCGCCGUCGGGACGGCUUCCGCAUCAUCUACUCGGUGAUCCUGGCGGCGUGCAUGGCGACGCAGGAAGCGAGGGGUGCCAAGUGUCCGCCACCGGACACAAUACCCGGCUGCCCGUGUUACAACUUCGAGAACGGCGGUCUGUUCCUGGAGUGCGCAGGUGCCACCGAGGAGUCCCUCAGGAACGCUUUGUCCGGCGUGAUACAUGCCGCUGGCGAGGAAGGAGCGCUCGUUCAAUCAUUGAGCGUGUACGAAUUGGAUCGGAAAGUAGAGGAACUUCGGUCCGCCGCUUUCCCGGCGGGCUCGCAAAUUAGGCAUCUGCAAAUAUCGCAUUCCGCGAUACGCGAAAUAAGCGAGGAUGCUUUUACGCGACUCAGUAAAAGCCUGGAAUCCUUGGCACUCGUAUCCGGUCGACUACCUCAAGUACCUCAAAAGGCUAUGGCCUCGCUGAGCCUACUCAAAGCGCUGGACCUGGAGGCCAACCUCGUUUACGAGCUGCCUAGCUUCAGUUUCUUCGGGCUCGCGUUAAUUAAACUGAACCUGAAGGGCAAUCAAAUCAUGAAAAUUUCGGAGUACGCCUUUGCCGGGCUCGAGGGCACUUUAAAGGACCUGGAUCUGGCGGAAAACAAGAUCAGAGUAUUCCCCAUGACGUCCUUAAGAAGAUUAGAACAUCUCACGUCCUUGAGGCUCGCUUGGAACGAGAUAUCCCAGCUCCCGGAGGACGGCUAUUCCAGACUGGACGCCUUAAACUUCCUCGAUCUGAGUAGCAACAAUUUCAAGGACAUUCCGCUCAAUUGCUUUCGCUGCUGUCCGUCCCUAAAGACCCUCUCGCUUUAUUACAACGCGGUCGAGUCGGUCGACAAGGAUGCCUUUAUAUCGUUGAUCGAUCUCGAGUCGAUAGACCUCAGCCACAACAAGAUCGUGUUUCUUGACGUGGCCACCUUCCGUGCCAAUCAAAAGCUCAGGUCGAUCGAUCUCAGCCACAAUCACAUACACUAUAUUCGAGGCGUGUUUUCGAGGCUGCCCGAGUUGAAGGAGCUCUUCCUGGCGGAGAAUAACAUUCUCGAGAUACCGGCGGAAACGUUCGCCGGUAGCACGAGUCUCUCGGUCGUGUACCUCCAGCAGAACGCCAUCAGGAGGAUCGACGCGCGCGGCCUGGCGACGCUCGGUCAAUUAGCGCAGUUACAUCUCAGUGGGAAUUACAUCGAGAAGGUGCCGCGCGACUUUCUCGAGCACUGUGAAAAUCUCUCGACCCUCUCGUUAGACGGUAAUAACAUCCGCGAGCUCGAGGUGGGCACGUUCGCCAGGGCGAAGCAGCUGCGCGAGCUCCGGCUGCAGGAUAAUCAGAUAACCGAGGUGAAACGUGGCGUAUUCGCGCCGCUGCCGUCGCUACUUGAGCUACAUCUGCAAAACAACGCUAUCACGGACAUGGAGACUGGCGCUCUGAGGUCGCUGCAUAGUCUGCAACACGUGAACCUGCAGGGUAACCUUUUGGCCGUGCUCGGCGAUGUGUUUCAAGUGUCGAACGACGUCGGCCAGAGCGAGAACAGCGGUAGCUCUUUGGUCUCCAUUCAGCUGGAUAACAAUGGACUCGGCGUCCUACACAAUGACUCAUUAAGAGGCCAGGCCUCGGUCAGGAUCAUGUGGCUCGGGCAUAAUAGGCUAACUCGCCUUCAAGCCCCAUUGUUCCGUGACCUGUUGCUGGUCGAACGUCUGUAUCUCACGAAUAAUUCCAUAUCGCGGAUAGAGGACACCGCCUUUAAACCGAUGCAGGCGCUCAAGUUCCUCGAGCUCAGUAUGAACCGACUGAGCCACGUGACCGUCAAGACCUUCUCGGAGCUCCACGAGUUGGAAGAACUCUAUCUGCAGGACAACGGUUUACGUCGUUUAGAUCCUUACGCCUUGACGGCUCUCAAAAGACUGCGCAUCCUCGACCUCGCCAACAAUCAUUUGAACGUGCUGCACGACAAGAUCUUCCAGGAAGGGCUGCCGAUCCGAACGCUCAACCUGAAGAACUGCACCGUCAGCGUCAUCGAGAACGGUGCCUUCCGCGGACUGAACAACCUCUACGAGCUAAAUCUCGAGCACAAUCAUUUCACUGCCACGGCGUUGGACCGCCUAGACAUACCGGGAUUAAGAGUCUUAAGAAUAUCGUUCAACAACUUUAGUCAGGUUAACGCCAACUCCCUGGACGGCUUGCCAUCCCUUCAACAUCUGGCGAUGGACUCGUCGCAGAUCUACAGGAUGCCGGCCGAGAUAUUCUCCAAGAAUAAGAAUCUAGGGAAGCUAUUGCUCAGCUACAAUUUACUCAGGGCACUGCCAGCGACGCUGUUCCUCGGCCUGGAGGCGCUCAAGGAGGUGAAACUCGACGGCAACAGGUUCCAGGAGAUCCCGUACGACGCGUUCGCGAAUGCCACCACGGUCGAGUUCCUCUCGCUGGCCAACAACGUUCUCCACCGCGUCGACAUGUCGCGGCUAAACGGACUGACCAGUCUACGGGAGCUCGAUCUACGCGGCAACUACAUCAUGUCUCUCACCGGUUUCGCCUCCGUCAAUUUCUCCCGUCUAAUAUCCGUCGAUCUGAGUCAUAAUCACUUAACCGCUCUUCCGGCGAAUUUCUUCGCUCGCUCAAAUAUGCUGCGGAAGAUCGAGCUCGCGGCUAAUAAGUUCCGGCAAAUACCCGCCGUUGCACUUACGGCGCAAAAUAUACCCGGUCUAGCCUGGCUGAACGUCACGGCUAAUCCCCUCGUGAGAAUACACGAGAUCAGCUCGGAGGCCAAGUAUCCGGCUCUUCAGGAAAUUCACAUCUCCGGGACGAACUUGACGAUAGUUACCAGCCAGGACUUCGAGGCGUUCCCCGCGCUGAUGCAUCUCUUCAUGAGCAGCAAUAUGAUAUCCAGGGUGUCGCCCAGCGCGUUUCGCAGCCUCUCGAAUUUGCUCACGUUGGAUCUCAGUGUCAACGAAUUGGAGCUACUGCCGCAGGAAAGACUGAAGGGGCUGGAACACCUCAGACUCCUCAAUCUCACGCACAACCGUCUGAAAGAGCUCGAGGACUUCCCACCUGACCUUAAAGCUUUGCAGGUGCUCGAUCUCUCGUACAAUCAGAUAAGCGGUGUGGGAAAGGGCACGUUCCAGCAUUUGGAGAACUUGGCCGAGCUGCACCUCUACGGCAACUGGAUAUCGUCGAUCUCGCCGGACGCGUUCAAGCCGCUGAAAAAGCUCAGAAUUUUAGAUCUAAGUAGGAACUACUUAGCGAACUUGCCGCUGAAUGCCUUUCGACCACUCGAAACGCAAAUACGGAGUUUACGGGCCGAAGAAAACCCGCUGCACUGCGACUGCGAGUCCCAGGAGCUCUGGGAAUGGCUGCGCGACCAUCAGAAGCUGGUCGGCGGCGGAAUGAACCGGAAUCGCGGGGGCGGACUGAGGAUGAACGACGUGGACGGCGGUCUGCUGAGGUGCGAGCAGCCGCCGGAGCUGCGCGGACUGGUCUUCCUGGACCUGGACCCCCACGCAUUCUGCACCGCGCCGCUGGUGCUGAAACUGGCGAUCCAGGACAUCCAGCCGUUCUCCGUCCUGGUGUCGUGGCAGAGCAGGAAUCACUCCGGCCUGCGCGGCUACCAGGUGGCCUAUCACGCCCUGGAUAACGCCGACGAGGUACGUGCCAAAAUACUCGAGCCGAACGCGCGCUCGGUGAAACUGUCGAAACUGUCGCCGAACACCCGCUACCUGAUCUGCGUGUUCGGUCUCGGUAACUGGAUGACGUCGCGGAUAGAGGACGGGCCGAUGGAGCAGCUCAAUUUCACGCAGGUCGAGAUAAUCGCGUCCACGCCGAGCUCGCAGAUGACGGACUCCUCGACCAGCCGUUGCACGGACGUAAAGACGCUGGACGCGCCGGACGCGAUAAUCAGCAGCGACGGCUCGGCGAUGGGCGACGUCGGCAGCGUCAGCAGCUUCUUGACGAGGCGGCUGGGCUUGAUAGUCGGCUGCUGCAUGGGCUUCGUCGUCUUCCUCCUCCUGGUGUCCGUCUUGGGCUACCUCAAAGUGAAGAAGCAGCGGGAGGCGGUCAAGAGGGAGCAGCAGCCGAUACCGCCGGAGUACAUAUCGUAUAGACACUUCAGCAUACAGAGCGGUGAGGCCGGCCAUACCGCUACCAGGCAGACCAGCCAGGACGGCCAGCACUCCAACUUCGUCAACAACACCACGCUGAAUGUAUGAGAAAAGCCGCGGAACUCCCGACUCGUGGAGGUUUCGAACGUGUGAGCAGGACUCGAGCGAUUCGAGCGUGUUAUAAUCUGUUCGAAGGUCUCCCCGACUCGUGGAAGUUUCGAGUUGACGCGCCAAAGAGCCUCAAACGGACAAUACCGGGUGCCGGUCGAAUUUCCGGCACAACCGCCGAACUGUCUUUACGAACUGAGAAAUUGUCGCAAUUAGUCGGUGCUGUGCGCUCAAGUGAUACGCACCGAGUGCGCUACGAUUGGCUCGAUCUCGAUGCUCGACGAAGAGCGUCGUUCUCGGGCAGCAUCGCUACCAAAAACUGGCCACGCCAGACCACUGCGUUAACGGCAACGAAGAGUUUAAGCGAGUGAGCAUGCAUGCACGCGAGAGAGGAUGCGCGGAUGAAUGGGAAUCUUUAUUAGAGUAACGGAGCAUUUUAUAAAGGAUUUUCUACUGAGUCUCAAUUCGGUUCCAAGUAGCUUUAAUCACCUCGCGUGGCAUCGUAUCGAACGAGCGCGAUCGAGCGGAUGAAAUGUCUCCCGUAAGAGUUGUACAGAACGGGAAAUUGAUUUCGAUAAUGUACGAGCGAUGUUAGCCACGCGCGCAGCUCUCGUAUACUCUGACGAAAAUCGUAUAAGUUUUGAACAAGACGAGAGAUAUCGUACUCUCCGGCUCUGCAAACGAGAAAAUUUUCUAAAUUUCCGAUAAAUCCGACCAAAUCGCAAAUCGGGCCCCUUUAGCCUUUAGAGGGCCGGAGUGGCCGCUACAGUGGUCUGGAGCAAACUUGAAAAUCUUUCGGAACAUGUAUAAUAGAUUACAUGUAUGCAUCAAUUUUCUGUUUAAAAAGUUACAAGUUUCAAUGGAAAAAUGCCGGCCCUCUAACAGGUUAAUGGAACCUCCAAGUAUUGGUAAUGCGGAGCGUUAUAAAAUCAAUAGGUCUGAAGGACCGAAGUCGCGCGAUGUGCAUGGUAGAAGUUAAAAUGUACCGACGUCGGGCGGAUAUCAGAAGCUAUUUUGGACGUAACGAGGAUCAUUUUAUCCGCAAGAAGAAAUCGGUCGGAAUCGCGGACGCCGAACGGUGCUUUGGGGGAGGGGGAGGUGGCGGCAUCUCUGCAAUACAAACGCUCAGUCUUCUUCAAGAGAUAUGAAAUUUUGAGGGGUGUACGAGGCACGAUCUCGAGGGUCGCGCGCGCCCCCGGACGACUGUAAAACCGAUAACGGGGGCAAGUAGACGGUAGAUAGACCCUCGCUUCCGUGUAACACACGACGCGCAUUUGCCCAACGAUUUACGACUAAACACCGCGUUAUUACGUGUCAUCCACGGGGCCGCCGCUAUACGCGGAUGAGAUCGGACGGGUGCGAAGUGGCUAUUGUGCUUUCUUAAUGGCUCGGCAAACCGCGCGGUUUAGAACGUCACCCGCGCGCCGAUCCCGCGAAAUGGCGCGCCAUUUCGCGGUGAACGCCCGCGGUACGACGGUACCAUCAAUUUCCGAUUGGGCCGCGCGCGCGGAUCGUCAGGGCGGCGGGGCGGGAAAAAUUGCUCGUCCCCUGCGAGCGAUCGAUUGCACGACGGAUUCCAGAUCCACCGGCGAUGAAGGAGUAAAAGAUGUAAAGAAGAAGAAAAAAAACACGCAAACGAGAGAGAAAGGAGGAGGGGUGUAAGUUUAAAAGAAGAUAUAUCCUACACUCGGUUAGCGCUCCGGCGCGAUUCUGUAGAAUAAGAUGCAGGAGCAUUUCCACCCUCCCCGAUGGGAAGUAAAGUUUCCUCGCAGCGAGCGCGAGAUGUGAUUAAUUUCCUUUAUUGCGCGUACUUGCAGCACGCGAAUGAAUUCUUUCAACGCUGAAAGCGAUAUUGGUCCGCCAAUGAAGAGAUGAAAUAUUCUGCCAACGUCUGCUGAGAAUUUAAGACACGUGGAUAGGUCGGGAUAUAAAUAAAAUUGUACGCGAAUCUGUUUUACGUUUUCUUCUUUCCCUUCUGGGUCAAAUAUUCGUGCGCUAGCCGCUGUCGGAGAAUCGGCGAUUAAGGUGACGUUCUGCGGCUCGUGUUAUAGAAUCUAUAAAUUUACGUGAAACGAUUGUAUAUAGAUACGUACGUAUCGGGAAACAUAUGUAUUCAGUGGUUAAGGAUGUCGAUAUCACCGAGAUUAUUAACGUAAAAAUUCCGACGAUCUCUUUAAAUAGCGAGACAACAAUAGUAGUUGAAUUAGCAUCGUCGCGUCGAUCCGCCCCGAUUUUCCGGGGCCGCAACGAGGCCAGAUCCAUCAGAACUUUUAUCGCGAUGGACCGAUGUAACGCGUUUUUGCAUUAGAAAUGAAUAACGCGCCCAAAUGGUACGUUUGUUGUUUUUUUCAGGAUUCGAUUUAGAUUAACAGAUUGACUCGCUCGAUAUCGCCAAUAACCAGUAUUAAAGCCGCGAAUGCAACGGAACGUCGCGUUUAGCGCGGAGGAAUUUUUAAUGUCCACGUGAAUCCUGCAUUUACGUUCGACGGGGGAGGGCCAGGGGGGCGGUGAAAUGAUGACUGAGGCGAUAUGCGAUAUCCAGCGAGUCCGUUAUGAAAAAUCGUUACGAAAUGCAGCGCCGCGAGAAACGUAGCUGCUCGACGGCCGCGUUCGACGCGGCAGUUCGUUAUCGCAUCGCCGGAUCGUUCGGUAUCGGUCGGCGGAGGAAACCUCCCCCCGGGGUCACAAGUCGAUGAGGAAUCUGCGAAUAUUGAAACCAAGUUGAGAUCAUGCGCAAGUCAAUAAUCAAGUUGAUAUUUAGGAGAUUUCGUCAUAGCUGCACGGGAAAAAAAUGCUAUUGAAUUAUGAAGACAUGAAGUUGCUUGAAUUAAACGUUAACGGGCUGCAACAAACAUAAAUGAUUCGCUCCGUUGUAUUUGCCACGGAUUUUAAUUUUGAGCGUUGAACUCAAUAUCCAGAUUAUUAAGACAACUAUCUGAUGCUUUUCGUUCAUUAAUUUUGCUGUUGUUUCAACGAUUUUAUUUCACUUGCACUGAUCUUGUCCACGAUCUAGUCAUAAUUCAAUUGAUAUCGCAUUGAAUUCCGGCAAAAUGUAUGCCAAGUAUAAUAAACUAGUAAAAAAUAGGUAAAAUUUCAAAAAACUCUCAGUUCUUCAAAAUGCCACUUUGUCCCACGAUUAGAUGAUUUUCAGGAUAUAUUUUAAGCGAAAUUUCUCUCCGUGUAUGUAUAAGUUUAGAUGUCGAUAAGGUAUCGGAAAAGUAUUACGCGGAUCUUGUUACGAAAUUAAUGAAGAAUCCAAUCGUCAUCGAGUGAAACGGUCCGAAUAAUCACGAUCGAUAUCGAUUUGAUCGUCGACUUGUGAAUCUGGGCCGCGCCCGGGGGCGAAGAGACAAGGGUGAAAGGAGAGCGAGAGGUCUCGCACGGUUUGGCGAAAUCAACGCGGCGCGAGGUCUACGAUGUAUGCGCGGUUCUCGUUACACACUGUGUACUGUAAUAUAUACGUACGUCACUGUAAUAAAAAUGCAAAUUCUUUUGUAA